AUGGACUACUAUCCGGCCCCCAAAGGCAAGCAGCCACGGAUACCCAUCGACGACGACGGGCCGACCGAGAUGCCUGGCGCAUACCCCCAGACGAGCCAGAUCCAGUGGCCCGACGUCCGCCACGCGAGCGCCCCGCCGCAGCAGCCAGCGCCCCGCGCCGCCGGCGACCCGGCCGUGGGGAGGCUCCUCGAGUGGAGCGCCGGCAUCGACAGGAGCAUAGCCGAGAUCAACCGGAAGCUGGACUUCCUCCUCCUCGAGACUAAGGACUUCCGCGGCAUGGAGGCGCACUACAGGGCGCUGCUGCGGGAGCAGACGUCGGCGGGCACGGCCCUGCCCAACGCGUGCCGACGGCUCGACGCCCAUAGGCAGAGCGUCCUCGAGACCGUGCAGAGGCUCGACGGGACGGCGAAGCAGAUCGAGGGUCUGGCGCUCGACCUCGAACGCCUGCGGGAGGGCAGCGAGGUCACCGUGUCCAUCAAGCCUGGGAGGAAGUGA